CGGCCCAUUACGACUCGACCACCAGUGCAACCGGCCUUGGCUCGAGUCGCCGUCAUCUGCAGGGUGGCGGCAGCCUGUCCGGUAGCCUGCACGGCAUUAACAACGGUGAGCCGAUGCACAUACCGCCCGCGCCGCUCCCGCCGGUCAGUGUGCCGCCGCACGUCUGCAUCAACGACACGCUGAUCGACACGGACGACCUGAACGACGAUCUGUUCAUGAGCAACUGCGAGCGGUUCUCGAGCGGCGACAGCGUAUAGCAAUGAGUGCCAACAGCGGGCAGCCUGCUGCGGCCGGUUGCCGCCCGGAAGCCGGUGCGCCACUGCCGGUGCGCCUGCAGCUUCUGUCAGCAUUUCCUGGAGGCGCAAAACUGCUGCUCGCUCUACUACCACUACCCGUGCGACUCCUGCUAUCUGCUGCUGACGCUGCUGUGCGUGCCGGGCACCGAGAUCGGGCACAGCCCGGUUUAUGAGCCCGCGGUACGGUGAAACAACAGUGGGAGUCGUCCGAUGGAGGGGAAGCCAUCUUUGGAAGCAGUGCGGAAACGGCUGAAGGCCAGCAGCGAUGGAGACAAAACAGUAGAUAAAUAAAAUAUUUUAAUUGUGAAUAUGGAUAACCCCUUCCCGCACCCCCCCCUCAUCCGAUUCCUCAUACCUUCCCGACCCACCCGCUCACCCUACCGUUCCUCGCCCCACAAACUCCAAACGCGACACGAGAGGGCGUAAACAACCUGACACGCUACUAACGAUGAGUGUGUACAAGAAGAUUUCAUAAUACUUAACGUAAAAUGCGGAAGAAAGCCACGAUACGAUUCAAUCGAUACGCAGUAAAUAGGCGGUAUGGAAAUCGGGUGCAGUUUGCCAAUACAGGUUGAUUUUUGCGAACGCGAACGGCGCAGAACACAUGAUACAGAGACGAGGUGGCGCACCCCUCGGAACUCGAGCUAAGGUUUUUUUUUGAUAGAGAGAGAUAAAGAGCGAGAGAGAAAGAGAGACGGCGCCGCCUAGCCGUAGUGCAAACGUACCGGCAAAAUGAUACGGAAUGGCGCCCCAAUCGUAGCAUAUGUGUAAACAGUGGAUAAGAUAGAUGACGAAAAAGAAAAAAAAACAACCCCGCAACUAAAUGCCAACAACUAGCCAGCAAAUCUUGAAGCGGUGCCGAGGCCACCGGAAAGGGCGCCGACCCACUGGCAGCAGCUUCUGCCAAUGGUGGGUCACGCGGGUUGGCAGUAACUAACGCUAUGGCAGGGGAGUUUUAUUUGUAGGUUCAUUUUAUACGAAAGCAAAACAUACCGGUAACUAAACGAAAGAAAGAAAAAAAAACAACCCAGUAAGUAACCACAGUAAAGAAAACCCUUUUUAACAAUAUUUCAAUCUAGCAAAACAAAAAAAACAAACAAAUGAAGAAGCAAAAAAAAAAACAAUGACAGUAGCUAACGAAGUAGACGAAGGAGUGGCAGAAAUGCAAAACGAAAAAAAAAGAAAUAAAACAGUAUAACAAUGUGUAUGUGAAGAUAAAACUAAUAAACGUACUAAUAAACUGCACCUCGGGUAAGGAAACGAGGAGAAUAAAGAGUAAAAGACAAACAAAAUAGGAAAUAUCUAAUACAAUUUACCGUGCAGGCGAAAAACGAACGGGUGGAAUGGGUGUGACCGAUUAAAGCAAAACCAAAACAAAAUACACAACCACACACAACACACACACACACAUACACAUCCAAACACACGCUACACUAACUAACUAAUAUGCAAAGUAAAUCAUCUCAUCUACUUACGGCUCGUACCACCUUCAUUCAAGCUCAUGAUAAGCAAACCCCUUUUCGUACUUCGGACCGGAAGUAAGGCUACGAACGCUUAAGAAACACACCCAUCACUCUAACAAAACAAACUAUGAAACGAGCAUCACUCAAUUGUGUAGUAUCAUUCGCACGAAAAUCAACACAAAACAGAUUCACUUACAUAUACAUAUACCAAACAACAACAACAACAAAACGACAACUCCAACAUGAAGCAUAAAAAUGGAAAACAGUAAAACAGUAAACAACGCGUACCAUAUUAACAAAUACAGAUACUGCUAGCAUGAGGGGCGUGCAAAAAACAAAAAAGAAUGAAGUAAAUAAAUUAACCCCCAAAAACGUACUCGGUGGGCGUGGGUUUGAGGCGAAGUAAACGUAACAUAAAGAAUUUGUAACAUAAAAUAAUGAUUAAAACCCAAAAAAAAACAAACAAACAAACAAACAAAAACACACACACAAGCAGUGAGGAAAUGUUGUUUUUUAUAUAUUUGUACGAACUAGUUACUAGAAAUUAAUAAAAUUAAUAUGGAAAAGGUAAGAAAAUUUAACAAAAAACACGCAAAUUAAACUGCGGCAGUGGUGCGGCACCGGAGUAGCAACGCGCAGAAAGUGUGUUGGGGUUUGUGCAACGCUAUCGAUAAACCUCGAUCUUGCGACACAACACCCAAAACCAACAGGGGGCAGCCAGGGUCUGUGGGGGAAACGUGGAAAGGACGAAAAGUGGGAAAGCCGAGUGGAGAAAAGGAAAAUAACACACACAACAGCAAAAACAGGAAGAAAAAAACAUGCAGCACCACAGAAGGGUUCCGGAAGAACACACGCUCUCUCUCUGACUCGCUGAAAGUAAUGAUGCCAAACAAACGCUAACGAGGAGUAGCAAGGAGUUGCUGUGGGAAAGGAAGCGAAGAUAGGGGGGAAAAAGAUACACUCACGUAAAGUAAAGUAAUAACUAACAUGAAACAGAUUUUACUACCGUACACUAUCGAACAGGCAAAUAAUAUAAUUAGCAAAUUUAACAAAAAAAAAAACAACCAACAAUAACCACACGGCAUGUCGCGGCAAUCGGGCUGUGUGUUUACUGGGACGGGGACGGUGUGCAAAACAUCACCCGAAACGCACGAGCGCACACGUUCAUGUUCUGUUGCGAUGUUGCAAAGUGUGUCUUAUGCCGGUGCGCUCUGUGUGCAUUCUUGGGCAACUGGUGCACGGCGGGAUUUUUGAAUAUGUGUUACGAUACGGUUCAUUGUUGCUAUUUGUAUAAGUUUUGUUUCAACACACACACACACACACACACACUACAAAAGGCCGCGUCCCACAACCCCCGUACGUAGAAGCGCAUUCCCUUUUCGUGAUAUACACCUAGCCAACGUGUGCGUGUUUGAAUAGUUUCAGCAGGAAACCAUUUUCGAUGAGAAACGAAGAGGUAACAUAAAACCCAACCCGGUUGGUGCACGGUAAUUUAAUUUAUUCACCUGUUCGCCCCACUGUUAAAAUGUGUAUCUGUGUGUCUGUGUUAAAUUACCAAUCAAAGUAAAACCAAAAAAAAUAUACAAAGCAAUGCACGGUGAGCAACAUGUAGUAGAACUUCACAGAACCCUGAUUUUACGCUUACUAUAUAUUGAAUGUCACUCAACUCACACCUCGGAAAUGCCGUUGACAAAAUUUAAACGAAUUAAAAACAAACAAGCACAAACGGUAAACGUGCGUGGUAUUAACCUUUAACAUUAAUCUAAAUUAAAGUAACGUACACGAAAUACAAAAUCAACGCAAUACCGAUGAGGAGCAAAUAAAAACAAACCAAAAAACGAAAACAUUGCAAAAGCUAAAGAGAAAGGUAGAGGAAAUGCAACAGCAGAAAACCCCAUGCAAUCACAACCUGUUGACAAUUACAAGUAUGAAACGGAACACUAAAUCGAACGUUGCGCAUUACUAUACGAAAGUAGGCACGGGAGCUGGAAAGGAUUACAAGAAACAAGCAUAUGCCAACGCGGAGCCAGAACGGAACAACAGCUGUAAUCAUAAACGAUUAACCAUGUAUUCAAUGUGUGUGUGUGUGUGUGUGUAAAGUAACGUUAAAAUAAACAUGGAGAAGCAUAACAAACAGCAGAAGAAUACAAAAAGGAAACAUUUUAACAGAAAAAAACGCAAACGGAAAAGAGAAAACCAAACAAAAAAAAGAGACGACAAGAAAUCAACAAUGCCAGUAACAGUAUGGUUAACGAAACAUAACUAAACAAAUUAGGCGAAAUAAAAUGAAAUAACACAGGAACAAAAAACCAAUUCCCUUUUUGCGCAGAACGACACUACCACAGUGAACACUUACACUCACAAAACACGUAAACGUAAUCGUCAGCAGAAGAAUGUGUGCGUCCACUUAUUAAAUAAAGGGAACGAACAAAACCGGGGAAGAAACGGAAUGACUGCGAGAGAGCGAAAGAGAACCCCGCCAAAAACAAAACAACACAUAGGAACAGACAAAACAAAUGGAGGAAACAAACGAAACAAAGAGGAAAAUUUCAACAACAAAACAAAAUAGCACAGGGAAAAUGCACACACACCACAUACCGAAAGGACAAUGUAUGGUCGAUGUGAAAGUGUAACAAACACACAGAUCAGACAGAGCAAAACAAAAUGGCGGACAGCUGGCAAAUGGAGCAGAAAGUAUCGCUAUACAAAGAGACAGGUAACGAAUAGCAUCCAGUGUGAAGAUUCCGUUCCACAAUUAGUUUUCUUAUUUGGCUUUGCCUUGAAACCGAUUCUUCUUUCCGACAAAAAGGAGCCAACAAAGAAACAAAGCAAAUGCACAAUGCACAAUGAACGGGCAUCACGACUCCCGCAUGAUCCCGCUGUGCUUGUGCGACGUUAAAUAAUUUAUAUUUUUCAUCCCCGUUCAAUAGGUUUCGGAUUGUUUGCAGGAGAGCGAGAGACACUCACACACACACAAACUCUCUCUCUUUCUCUCGGAGAUCUGUUGCCGAAGACUGCAAUGCCGCGAUAAGAUGGGAACGGAUGGUAUGUCUAUGUGUGCGUGUGCGUGUGGGCUGAACGAAGAAAGUUGAAAGCACACACACACACGCACACGUCAGAAAAAAAGGGGAUGAAGGAAAAUUGGUUUCAUGUUACUGAGCAAUGAUGAGUCGCACCGCAAUGUGCUCCAAUAUCAACCAAUACGAAUAAAUGGCACGUGUGGUGUAAGGUGUCGCUUAGUAACGCGAUUAAUAUAUUUCUGUCUCGGGAAUGAAAUUCCAGCUCGGGAACACUUUUCCAGCACACACACACACAUUCUCUGACUUACACAUUACAAUAUCUCUCACACGCAGCAAUGGAAUGGACGUGUCUGUGAAGAUGGUUUCGGGAUUAAGUUUUCCCAUCUGAGUGGAUUGUGCUCGGGUUUGAAUGCCUUUUUUUCGGUAAAUUUAACCCUCAGUUUCAGUUGUUUGUUCCCGGUUUUUUUUUUUUUGUACAUUCAACGAAUGACGGUGUUUGCGUGAGGCCAGAUUGUUGGGCAUUCGUCGCGGUCGAUCGCAAAAAAAAACCCAAAAACGGAAAUGGGAGAAAAUCACUGCCUAAACACACAAAAAUAAACACAUAUUUAAAUCAAUUUUAUCCAACCAAUCAAACCAUGACGCAAGGAACGGGCCAUGAACAUAUAACACGGUAGAACGAUCGUCCAAACAAUGCUCCUGUCCCGGCCUGUCGGUGCCGGGUGCUUUGAUCGACCAUCUGUAGACACAAUGAGGACGAUCAUGCUGCUCUUCUGAGUGCGUCAAAGGAGCAUAGAAUUUAUAACGAUUAUCGGUUGACAUAGUGGCAUUUUCGGGUGCGUUAAACGUUGCCUUUAACUAACGUCAUCCCUAACUGUUACAAAAAAACAUGCCAACAUGCCAGUAAAUUCCAUUGUGUUUGAAACGGUUCAUUAAGCCAUGCAAUGCUUGAUUUCGGUUUUGUUUUACCUUAAACUGCUCCCCUGGUGAACUUGGAGUAGCAGCAGUUACUGCAAAACUAAAAACAAUGACAAUCGAUUGUUUCCAAACUUUACGUUGUCGUUACGUGUCGCUAAUGCAAGCCACUAGUUAAAAGAACUGAACCCGCAAAACAUUGCAGGCUGUCAUGAGAAAGUUUAACCCAUUUCAUAGUGUCACGGUCGCAGAGACCGCAACGACGAUCGCCACAAACAUCGCUCAAUCAGCUAACCUUACCGGAAAUGAAACGGCUACACACAAACAUAGACACACUUUAUACAUACCGUGACGAAUGAUGCGCAAAUGAAAACUAAAGGAAUACAAAAAAAAAAAAAACAAACGUCAACAGUAAAAUAGC